CGUUCGUGUCUUCAUCGGCACCACCUGAAACCUCAAUUUAUCUUCUCUCCUUCUCCGGAAAAAAGAAAAAAAAUGAGCCUCAAUUCAUCUCGCUCCGCCAACUCCGGCGAAAGGUCAAAGAGAAGCCUGAACUCAACCUCUUCAAACCCUUCCAACAAUAGCGGGAAGAAGAGAAAAACCGGAAACCAGAAAACCCUAGGCAUGGCUUGGGGCUCCAAUUCUCGAUCAUCUUCCCGCUCUUCCUUCCGUAAUUCUCCCUUCUCCGAUUUCGGCAGCUACAUGGUGGAGAAGAACAGGAAACUUCAGAACCAGUUUGACGCUGGUGCUUCAAGUUCUUCUCACAGUGCUUCAAGUUCUGGGAAGCCUAUAUUUCAUGGAGUUUCCAUUUUUGUUGAUGGGUUUACCAUUCCUUCCAGUCAGGAGCUCCGAAGCUAUAUGAUGAGGCAUGGAGGACAUUUUGAAAAUUAUUUUUCGAGGCAUCGAGUUACUCAUAUCAUCUGCAGUAAUCUGCCUGACAGUAAAAUUAAGAAUCUGAGGUCAUUCAGUGGUGGACUUCCAGUUGUGAAGCCUACAUGGGUACUGGAUUCUGUUGCUGCUAAUAAGCUAUUGAGUUGGAUUCCUUACCAACUUGACCAGCUUGCUAAUGAAACUCGUAACCAGCCAAAGUUGUCUGCCUUCUUUGCUCUAAAAAGCAUCCCAGUCUUUGAAGAUGCUGUAACUCAUACUACUUAUCCAUUAGUACCUGAAACUGAGGACUCAGUGUUUAAAGGUGGCACAUCCAAGGAUGCUGUUUCAUCUGAAGGGGGUCAAUAUUUAGAAUACACAAGGCAAUCAAGUGGAGAAAUUGAUGAUCACCAAUGUGAGAACACCAAUGAAACAAUAAUUGAGAAGCCAUUUUCCAAUGAUGAAAAAUCUUCUGAAAUUAAAAUGGAAGAACAGAGUUUUUCUAAUCAAGAAGAAGAGAGUAGCAUAAAAAAUGAACUUCAGUCUAGUCCACAUCGACCUUCUGCUUCAGUUAGUAGCUACUACUUGGACAAUGCAAGAAAAGAAUCAUCAAGUACAACAGUUGUUGGGUGUUCUAACAAGGGUCAUUCAACUCUUGAAGAUCCUAAUUUUGUCGAAAAUUAUUUCAAGUACUCAAGGCUGCACUUUAUAGGAACCUGGAGAAACCGAUAUCAGAAGCGUUUCCCCAGAUUGUCUAAUGAGUUCAAGCAUACAAGUUCAGACCUUAAUGCUUCUGGUGUUUCCCAGAAGAAUGUUAUCAUCCAUAUGGACAUGGAUUGCUUUUUUGUCUCAGUGGUGAUCAGGAACAAUCCAGAAUUACAGGAUAAGCCUGUAGCUGUGUGCCAUUCAAACAAUCCAAAAGGAACUGCUGAAAUUUCAUCUGCAAACUACCCUGCUCGAGAUUAUGGAGUAAAGGCUGGUAUAUUUGUUAGAGAUGCUAAAGCUCUUUGUCCUCACCUUGUCAUUUUUCCUUACAACUUUGAAGCUUAUGAGGAGGUAGCUGAUCAGUUUUAUAACAUAUUGCACAAGCACUGCAACAAAGUGCAGGCUGUAAGCUGUGAUGAAGCCUUUUUAGAAGUUAUGGACUCAAAAGAGGGGGAUCCUGAGCUUCUAGCUUCAAUCAUAAGAAAAGAGAUUUUUGAGACCACAGGAUGCACUGCAAGUGCUGGGAUAGCCGGGAAUUUGCUUGUGGCUCGCCUUGCCACGAGAAGUGCCAAACCAAAUGGUCAGUGUUACAUCCCUGUUGAUAAGGUGGAUGAUUAUUUACAUCAACUUCCAAUCAAGGCACUUCCAGGAAUUGGGCAUGUUUUGGAGGAAAAGUUGAGAAGGAUAAAAGUUCACACCUGUGGCCAGUUGCGUAUGAUUUCCAAGGAAUCUCUUCAAAGGGACUUUGGUACGAAAACUGGUGAUAUGCUGUGGAAUUAUUGUAGAGGAGUGGAUAACCGGGUGGUUGGAGUGAUUCAGGAAAGCAAGUCCAUUGGUGCUGAAGUAAAUUGGGGUGUGAGGUUCAAUGAUUUGAAAGAUAGUCGCCAUUUUCUUGUGAAUCUUUGCAAGGAAGUGACAUUACGCUUAAAGGGAUGUGGAGUGCAAGGGCGUACUUUUACACUGAAGAUGAAGAAGAGAAGAAAAGAUGCUGGGGAGCCUGCAAAGUAUAUGGGUUGUGGAGAUUGUGAAAAUCUUAGCCACUCUAUGACGGUAGUUCCACUUGCUACUGAUGAUGUGGACGUGAUUCAAAGGAUAGCCACACAGCUCUUUGGAUUUUUCCACAUAGAUGUCAAGGAUAUCCGGGGUAUUGGCUUGCAGGUUUCUAGGCUUGAAAAUGCAGAUACUGCUAAGCAAGGGCAUCAAAGAAUCUCCAUAAGAUCUUGGCUCACCUCUGCUCCUGCAACCAAUGAAGAACUAUGUAAAACCAGUUGUCUAGUAAGAAAGGAGAGGGCUGUUGCAGAUGGUGAGAAACAGAGCACUGAUAUAAGUUUGGGUCAAUUGUCGAAUGAUUCCAAGAGGCCUUCUUUGCAAAUGAGCCCUAGAUCUUCCAACAAUGAAGCUCCUUUAAACCAGGUUUCUGAACUGCCAGCAUUGUGCGAUCUUGACAUGGGAAUUUUAGAGAGUCUUCCUCCAGAACUCCUUUCAGAAAUAAAUGAUAUGUAUGCGGGGAAGUUGUCUGAUUUCAUCAGGAAAAGGAAAGGAAAAAAUGAAAAUGUUAGUGGUACUAUGUGCACCACAUCAUAUGAAAUUUAUGAAGGUGCCAUAAAUAAUGGAAAGCAACUUCAUUGCUCUAUUGUUCCCAUAAGAAAGACCCCAGUAGAAAAUAAGAUGGAGAAAACUCUGGACAGAGAAAUUGCGACUGAGAAUUCAUUGUUACAAUCAUAUGAAGUAGAGAAGGUUAAGCAGUAUAAAAUUGAUGAAAUUCAGGAAGUGUCUGUUUCUGGGGCAGUAUCCUUAAAUGUUGUUGAUCCUGCUUCAGCGCUUGAAAAAAGUGAUCUAAUGCCUUCAUCUCUAAGUCAAGUAGAUAUCUCAGUGUUACAACAGUUGCCCAAGGAAAUGUGGGUCGACAUACUUGAGCAGCUUCCUGUUCACAGGAAGCCAGAACAUUCCUCAAGUGCUGCCUUGGAUCCUCUUAUUGCCAAUGCUCAGGAAUCAUUAUGUUUCAAGCAUACUGAGAAUAAUUCUAAAUCAGUGGAUUCUGUUUUGGGAAACAACCUUUGGAUUGGAAAUCCUCCACAGUGGGUCGACAAGUUCAAAGUUAGCAAUUGCUUGUUGUUGAACAUUCUGGCAGAGAUGUAUUACAGAUCAGGGUCAACUGGCUGUUUAUCUUCUAUUCUGCAGUGCACUCUUUCUAAGUUUCUGUUGCCUCUAGAUGCAAGUAGUGAUGGAUGGGAUGAAACAAUUAGUAGCUUGUGUGAUCUUCUUAAGCAAUAUAUCAAAAUAAAGAUAGAAUCAGAUAUUGAAGAGAUAUAUGUUUGCUUUCGUCUUCUUAAAAGGUUCACAAUGAAGUCAAAACUUUUUUUAGAGGCAUACAAUGUUGUUUUCCCUUAUCUCCAGGCUUCUGCUGGUGAGAAUUAUGGAGGAAGCUUUCAGCUUUCACAUGCAAAGGAAUAGUAUCUGGUCAUUUGAUCUUUUUGGAUAGUUACCCUGAUUCAUUGCCCAAGGAUCAAACCAUGCAAGUUUGCUGAAGGGAGAACUGUAUUAUGUUUGAAGCAUUGUCCAAGAUUCUGGGUAUCACAGGCAUUUCGAAGUGUUCAAGGAGCUAUCUUUUUGAGUUCACUAGCUCCAUUCCAGUGAAACUGAGACAACUGAUGCCUUGGAACUGAUAUCAGUGCAAAAACACCUGCUUGAGUCUUGCUGGAAGUGGCAUGGGUUGAUAAGGUUCUUAAAUCCAGGUUUUGGAAACCAUGCGCCAAUUCGUCAUGGUCCCUAUGUGCUCCUAUUUUUCAAGCACGAAAUGGUUGGAGGUCAUAGACAUCAUGAACACUUCAGGUUCUUGUCAUUUGCAAAAUGGUUUGGGCAAUAAUCCUUUGGUUUGGUUUUCAAAAGCACUGCCCUUCAUUUGGUUGUGGAUGCAUGCAUUCAAUGUUGGUGUUGAAAUUGCAGGAACUAACAUCUCUCUUGUCCCAGAUCAUAUCUCAGAUUGAAGAUUUGUAUUGAUGAUAUAUAGGGAUUGACUGCUGCCAAAAAUUCAUUGAUCUUGGAUGGAUUUGAAUUGGCUCAACAGUUCAAGACUCCAUUAAUGUCUUCAAAAUUAAUUUCUGCAACAUUAUGUAAAUUUUUUUGAUUUCAAUGUAUGACUUCUUUUUGUACAAUAACAUAUUGCUUUAACAAUGUCAACAUCUAAUAUAUUUCUUGAACAAUAUUCUUAUAAGGUAGGUUAGAUUACUGAAUCCUACCAGUCCCA